UCGAUUCAGGUUCCCAGCAAUCCCCUCACCUCGAGCUCACCGCAGCAAGUACAAGUCACCAUAUCUGCAGAAGAGGUUGGGGCAACGGAAAAAACUCCUUAUAGUUCAUUUGCAUAUAAUGACAUCUCUUCCUCUUCAUUGUUGCAAAUUAUCAGGUUGAGAACACGGAAUGUAGUUUUCAAUUACAGAUACUACAACAACAAAUUGCAGAGGACUGAAGUAACUGAAGACUUUUCUUGUCCAUUCUGCUUAGUCAAAUGUGCCAGUUUCAAGGGCCUGAGUUAUCACUUGCCAUCAACCCAUGAUCUCUUCAAUUUCGAGUUUUGGGUAUCUGAAGAAUAUCAGGCUGUAAAUGUCUCUCUCAAGACCGAGACAAUGAUGUCCGAGAUUAAUAAGGACGACGUUGACCCAAAGAAGCAAACGUUCUUUUUCUCUUCAAAGAAAUUCAGACGUAGGAGGCAAAAGAGUCAGGUACGGAGCACAAGGCAGGGGCAUCAUCUUGGAUUAGGUUGCGAGGUGCUAGAUAAGACUGAUGAUGCCGAUUCUGUUAGAGGUGAGAAGAGCCGUGUACCACCUGGAAAGCAUUACGAAAGAAAUGGGGGUGCUGAAUCGUCUGGUCAAAGAGUUCCUCCGGGCACGAGUCCUGCAGACGUGCAAUCAUGUGGUGAUCCAGAUAACGUGCAGUCGGCAGCUGGAAGUACGAUGUUGCAAUUUGCAAAAACGAGGAAGCUAUCUAUCGAGCGGUCAGAUUUGAGAAACCGUAGCCUCCUUCAAAAGAGACAGUUCUUCCACUCGCAUCGAGCUCAGCCCAUGGCUCUAGAACAAGUACUUUCUGACCGAGAUAGUGAAGAUGAAGUUGAUGAUGAUGUAGCAGAUUUUGAAGAUAGGAGGAUGCUAGAUGAUUUCGUUGAUGUCACUAAGGAUGAGAAGCAGAUGAUGCACAUGUGGAACUCGUUUGUGAGAAAACAGCGAGUAUUAGCAGAUGGUCACAUUCCAUGGGCAUGUGAGGCGUUCUCAAGAUUACAUGGACCCAUCAUGGUUCGAACACCGCAGUUGCUUUGGUGCUGGAGAGUGUUUAUGGUGAAACUGUGGAACCAUGGCCUUCUUGACGCCCGAACCAUGAACAACUGUAAUAUAUUUCUCCAACAGCUCCAAAAGUGA